ACGUCAUUGAUAAUGAUUACCAGAUGUCAAAUUCUACAUUGAUUUUACUUUCCAAUUAAUUCCUAGGAAGCAAUAUUGAAAUUAUAAAAUAAUAAAAAUGGGAGAAACUUCUGGAAAUCCGUAUGAUAUAAACGGGCCACAUUUUAAUCCCGAUAUGUACCUACAAAGAAUGUUAAAGGAAUGUAGCUUAAAGCAGAUCAUGGAUAAUGAAGCAGAAAUUGUGAGAAAUACCCAAAUUUUACAUUCCGACAUGCAAACCUUGGUAUACGAAAAUUACAACAAAUUUAUAUCAGCCACCGAUACUAUUAGAAAGAUGAAAAGCGACUUUAAGGAAAUGGAGGAAAGCAUGGAUUUACUAUCAACUAAUAUGGAUAGUAUCACUUCUUUCUCUGAACAAAUCUCAUCGACUUUACAAGGAACACGACAGCAUAUAGCCAGAUUGUCGUCGGUUCAUGCUUUGUUGAAAAAGCUACAAUUCCUUUUUAAAUUACCAAGCAAUUUAAAAGAUAAAAUGAAAGAAGGGAAUUACGCUCAGGCAGUUCAAGAUUAUAUUCAUGCACAACGUGUAUUGAAUCAAUAUGGUAAUAUGCCAUCGUUUCAAGGAAUCCAAAAGGACUGUGAAGAAAUAGUAGAAGAAUUAAAAGCGGAUUUACGAACGCAAUUCCAUAAGCGUGAUGCUUCAACGAAAUCAUUGGCUCAAAGCGUUGAUCUUUUACUUCAAUUGAAAGAGCCACCCGAUUCCCUAUGUGCGGAAUUUCUCAUGCAUGCAGAUAACCGACUCGCCGAACAACUGGACACCCUUAAGAACAUGGGCGAAAAUGACAUAAUAGAAUUUGUCGAUAUGGCAAGCUCGGGAUACCUUAACGAUCUCUGUCUCGUCGUUGCUUCGUACAACGACAUGUUUGUGAAUAGAGCUCCUUUAGACGAUUCGGAAUUCAGUGACGAUUUCGAUACCAAAGCUAUUGCGCGCCUUAAUGCCUUCAUUUUAGGCAACAUGAAGAAAUAUUUUGAGCUUGUAGGAAAAAGAGUGGAAGACGUCGCGGACACGGCGAUACUCGUUAGAGCACUAGACAGGUUCCAUCGAAGACUACAGGCUAUGAACAUGCUUUGCAGCGAGACCGACUUUGCUAGAAUAGGAACCGAUAUCGUUAUAAGUGCUGGAAGGAAACAAUGUCGAAAUCAUUUGCAUUCUCUAAAACAACAUCUUGGCGAAUCACUAGCUGGAGUUAGACAGACUUUGGCAACGACAGUAGCUACAAAUGUGGACAGCGGGUUGGCGGAACACCUAUCGUCACUUGUGGUACCGACGAUUGAAAAAUUAAAGGGUGUCCUGCAGGAUCUAUUGGUGUUCCUACAACCCGACUUAUCGUUCAGCUUGAAGCCUCGAUUCCAACAAAUCUUCUGUGUCGACGAAGUCAGAGAAGGUUUGAUCAUUGGGUUCCUGCAUCAUCUGACAGCCAUUGCAAGCGGUUUCUGCACAGGGUCGGACAUUCCAAAAUUUCCGCCAACCCUGCUUUUACUCCUAAGCAAAAUGUGCCUGGAAUUUAAAGACGGUAGCGUCCGCUACUUACUCGCAACGACGGACGAGUUGUUCAACAUCGAACAGCACUCUUCCUCCGUGAACGUAAUCACAACCGAAUCGGAAAUGUGCGAAAACUUUGAAAAAGCAGCGCAAAGCCUGUUAAACCACUACGUUCGAUUGCAAGGUUUGUCCGUAUCUCAAAUGUUAAAAAAAUCCGUGGAGACCCGCGAUUGGUUGCACACGAUCGAGCCUAGGACCGUCAGGGCCGUGAUGAAAAGAGUCGUCGAAGACAUUUCGGCCGUCGAAUCGCAGGUGGCCUCUUUGUACGACGACGGAGAUGGUCAGAUGGACCGGAGUAGCGACAGUAGUCGUAAGACGCACAGCGUCAGCGUGUCCAGACAUCACUACAGGUCAAACUGGUCCUCUUACACUCCGAGCCAUCUGGACUCAUCUCUGGUGACGAACAUUCAUAAAUUGUUCUCCGAACGUAUCGAAAUCUUUUCCUCGGUACAAUUCAACAAAGCCUCUAUUUUAACCGGCAUCAUUAAGAUCAGUCUCAAGACCUUCCUGGAGUGCGUAAGGCUGCGCACUUUCAGUAAAUUCGGAUUGCAACAGAUCCAAGUGGACACGCACUAUCUACAGCUGUAUCUCUGGAGAUUCGUCACCGACGAGAAUUUGGUGCACUUUCUGCUGGACGAAAUCCUGGGCAGCGCGGUGCACAGAUGUUUGGAGCCCGUCCUGAUGGAGCCGAGCGUGGUCGAUAUUAUCUGCGAGAGCAACAAGUAACGGUAAUACCUGUAUCGUUAUCGGAGGAUCCUCGUCCCCCCGCUACAGCGAGUGAUAACGGAGGAGAGCGAGUUUGAGAGCUGGAGUGAAAUAAAGUGGAAUUAAAGGAAACUGGACGUUUCGAGGAGGGGGACCGGGGGACCGGGGGACCGGGGGACCGGGGGACCGGGGGACCGUGGGAAUGUGGAAGAGGGUGGAGGGGCGGAAGGAAGACGUCCCGAAGAUCUUGCGUCUCCUCGUCUCCGGGUUCUCUCCCCGCGACGAGUCGAAAUAAACGCCUGGUAGCGGCA